CCAGAGAACAGAUUAAACCAGAAUCCUAUAUUCCUUCAGAUAAACUCACUUCACUCAAGAAUCCUCUAUCCUCGGCGCUUCUCAUACACCCAAUCCCCAGGUCCACGAAGAAGCAUCUCUACCUUCUAUCUACUCAACAUCAACAUCAAUUCUCCAAAAACAAUGGACACUCCAAACAGCUCUCCUCCCCCCAAAAUCGGCAUCAUAGUCUGCAGCACCAGAACCCCCCGCGUCUGCCCUCAAAUCGCCCAAUUCGUGCAAACCACAAUCCAAUCCGCUAAACCCGACACCGACAAUCCGCACACCCCCGUCCUAUCAACCACCCACCUCAUCGACCUGGCUACUUGGAACCUGCCCAUGUACAACGAACCAGGCAUCCCCUCCCAAAUCAAAGACCCAUCUGAGUACACCCACGCCCAUACCCGCGCCUGGAGUGCCGAAAUCGCCCGCUACGAUGCAUUUAUCUUCGUUACGCCGCAGUAUAACUGGGGGUACCCGGCCGUGAUCAAGAAUGCGAUUGAUUAUCUUUACGACGAGUGGAGCGGGAAGCCGGCUGCCGUGAUUAGUUAUGGGGGUCAUGGGGGUGGGAAGGCUAAUCGGCAGUUGAGGGAGGUUUUGGCGGGUGUGAGGAUGAGGGUGGUUGAGAAGGGUGUGGAGUUGGCGUUUCCCGGGAGAGAGGUGUUGGUUAAGGCGGCUGCGGGUGAGGAUAUUGGUCUUGGGAAUGCGAAUGGGAAUGGGAAUGGGAAUGGGGAAGGGGAAGGGGAAGGGGAAGGGGAAGGGGAGGUGGUGGUUGGAUUUUGGGUGGAUGAGAGGAAGGAGAUUGAGGAGGCUUAUAGGGAGAUUUUGAGGGUUUUGGAGAGUGUUUGAUGUUUGGGUUUGAGGGUUGGUCUGUUCUUGUUGUUACGUGCUGGGGGUUAUACUUCCCAGCUUAUAUAGAUCGUCUUGUGGAGAUAGUAU